AAAACCAUAAUUUUACUGUAUGUCUUUUAUGGGUGGUUCCAAAACAUUCUUCUUUUAACUCUAUCGAUCCCUUUUUAUGUGUCAACUCUUAUCUCUCCCCACGAUCAUAUAAUACCAAAAAUACACACAACAUAAAUACAUAAAAUCCAAAAACUCUCACACUCAUUUCCAAAUAUACAUACCAAAAUAAAAUACUAUAUUUACUACUCCCAACAUUUCUUCACGCGCCGCCGCAGUCAUAUAUGAUGAGGCCGCGCUUUAUUUUCGUCUCGUUCCCGGCGCAUGGCCACAUCAACCCCUCCCUUCAACUCGCCAAGCGCCUCAUCCGUGUUUAUCACUCGGAAGUCACCUUCGUCACCACCAUCUUCGCCUACCGCCGCAUGAUCGUAGGUGCUAACAGUCCUAAUAACGACAUCACCGACGAGGGGUUGUCGCCAAACGACGUGUCGUUCGUCCCUUUUUCCGACGGAUUCGACGAAGGGUUCGCGGCGGACAUGGAUUUCGACUGCUACUACGCCGAGCUCGUCCGGUGCGGCUCGCAAGCUCUGGGCGAGCUCAUACGCUCGGGGGUGAACGAAGGCCGUCCGUAUACCUGCAUAGCCUACACCCUUCUCCAACCUUGGGCUGCUGACGUGGCGGCGGAGCAUAAGAUUCCGGUGGCGCUUCUCUGGGUUCAGACGGCGACUGUUUUCGACGUCUUUUACUAUUACUUUCAUGGGUAUAAAGACACCAUCGUUGAGAACAUUAAAAACCCUUCUGUUCCCUUAUCAUUUCCAGGGCUACCACUUCUCACUAUAAACGAUCUUCCCACGUUUUUUGACUCUACAAAGCCCAAAUCUUUUCUCAUCAAGUUCUUCCAAAAACAGUUCGAAAAGCUCGACGAGGAACCCAGCUCGAAGGUAUUGAUGAACACCUUCGAUGAGUUAGAGCACGAAGCGUUAAGAUCAAUUGUUAGUAAAAACAAUAAGAUGAGGCUGAUCGGAAUCGGGCCCUUCACGAGUUCAUCGUCCGAAUUCUCGAACGAAAAAGUCAGUACUACUGCUGAUGUUAUCAGGCAUCAAAACGACCACGUCGACUACAUGGAGUGGCUUAUCUCGAAGGAGAAAACGACAGUAGUUUACGUGAGUUUUGGAAGCUACUCAGUCUUGUCAAAGGCUCAAACGGAGGAACUGGCAAAAGGGUUGUUGGAUUUUGGGCAUCCUUUUCUUUGGGUCAAAAGAGAAAAAGUGAAAAACGACAAUGAAAAAGGACAAAACGACAUAGGUCGUGAUGAUGAAGAACUUAGUUGCAGAGAAGAGUUAGAAAAGCUUGGAAUGAUAGUUCCAUGGUGUUCACAAGUGGAGGUCCUGUCAAAUGAGUCAUUGGGGUGUUUUGUGACUCAUUGUGGAUGGAAUUCAACGCUGGAGAGCUUGGUGAGUGGGGUUCCCAUGGUGGCUUUUCCUCAGUGGGUGGAUCAAGUGACCAAUGCUAAGUUAAUCGAGAGUGUGUGGAAAACUGGGGUGAGAGUGAACCCUAAUGAGGAAGGAAUAGUUGAGGGAGAGGAGAUCAAGAGGUGUUUGGAGUUGGUUAUGGGAUUGGGAGGGAAGGAAAAUGGGGUGGAAAAUGGGAAGGAAAUAAGAAGGAAUGCAAAAAAAUGGAAGGAUUUGGCUAAGGAAGCUGUUAUGGUAGGUGGCUCUUCUGAUAAAAAUUUAAGGGCUUUCCUUAAUGAGGUGACUGUGGAAGAAGGUGAUGCUUUUUCUUCAAAAGAAUGAUUUUGGGCAAUUACUUUGUUUUCUUAAAUGAUUGUGUGAAGUUGUGUAUAUGUAAUUAACACAUAUAUGGAGAUAUUUGUGAAACACAAGCAUAAAUCUAGUCCAGACAUAUAUGGCAUUCCUAUCCCCAUUCCAUGAAUAAAUGAUUCUAUUUUGUGUUA